AUGUUCAAAGGUUUAAGGAAAAAGGCAUCUGCUUUGCUGUUGUAUUCACAACCUUCCCGCCCAAGCGGAACAGCUAAUGAUCCGUCUUCAUAUGAUAAGAUUCUUAAGCAGGUUCAUGAUUUCGAAAUUGCGUUUAAGGCGAUGGAUUAUUUGUUAGAUGAUAGAACGCAAGAGGGAAUAGAUCUCUUACAGGAGCAACUGAAUAAACACGAAAAGGCGGAAAGUGAGCAGCCGGCGGCGAUAUUUCCAUUGGCACUAGGAGUGAUGGAGUUCAUUGAGGCCACAUUAGGAUUUGAGCCGGAGGUGAUGGAACGGGCACACCAGACACUAUCGGACGCAGAGACGGCGUCUUUGAACAAUGCGAAAUACAAUGUGAGACACCAGCUUGGGACGUCGCAUAUAUAUCCACCGGGAACAGAAUUCCAGGUGACGUAUGCGGAACUGACGUUGUUGAAUGCGUUGCUUAUGUUGUUGCAGGAGAGCAAUGGGGUUGUGGAGGGUGCGAAGGCGUUGUUCAAGUUGCGGAAGGCGUACCAGACGUUGGAUUCGAUCUACAAAAAGAUCAAGGAACUGGAGCCUAUUUUCAACAAGAAUUUGGCUAAAUUGAAGAAGGAGGCAUUGUUACAACACGAGGGUAUCUCAGCUAGCGUGAGCACUGUUGAUUUACCUGGGUACCGUAGCCCAUCUCUGAGAGGUGGAUCGAGUGCUUCUUUACCUCAAGAUGUCAAGCUCUUAAAAAAUUUGGAGGCUGUGUACCAAAUGAGAAAGUCUCGUAUUGAAGGUACGAGUUUGAUUGAUCCUUCUCAGGUGCAGAAUGUUAAUAUGUAUGCAACCACAUCAUCUAGUGAGCUGUCAUCAUCCGUUGUGUCCGCCGCUAAUAGUGUUACAGGAGGAAUAGGAGGAAGACCUGAUUCUCCUAGAACACACACCUUGUCCCAAAAUGCAAAAUUUAGAAAUCCAAAUUCUUCGUCUGCUGAUGAUGAGUUUGAUGAUGAUGAUGACGAUGAAUUUUCUGAUGCAUCAGAUUCCUUCCAUAGUUUUGGAAAUCUUUCCAUUCCGCAUCGGACGCAUAAAUCGUCCUCUUUGAACAAUUCCCAAACUUUGGACAAAGCUGAAUCUGUUAUAUCUGGCGCUAAUUCGUCAUCUAUAUCUCUAAGGAAUUCUGACCACGAGGACAAUCAUAUGCACGUCUCUACUGUUGAUGAGUAUAUACAUUCUGGAGUCCAACUUUGUUUUGGUAUACUACAGGUUGUUCUUUCAUUGAUCCCGCCUACUAUUGGUAAAGUUUUGUCGAUUGUUGGUUUCAAGGGUGACCGUGUAACAGGAUUAAAAAUGCUCUGGAGAACAGCAAUCACGAGCAGAAAUAUCCAUGGUGAAUUAGCUCUAUUAUGCUUGUUGGUUUUCUAUGAUGGCCCUGUGCAGUUUAUAGACGAUGGAUACCAGCUACCAGGACAAGAGGAUUCUAAUGUCACUGAUGUGAUUUCAAUCGAUAAAAAGUCUAAUAUUUCUGAAGAGGAGCUCGAAAUGAUAUUGAAAAACCCUGCUUUAUAUACGCCUCAGUUAUUAACUAAGGCAAGGGGAUAUUUUCCUCAUAAUGCCUUAUGGUUGUUACAAGAAGGUAGGAUGCUUGCUGCUCAGGGUCAAUUAGUGAAAGCUGCUAGCCUUAUGCAAUCAUUUACAGACAAUCCCCAGACAAAAAUAAAUAUGCAACAAGUUGAAGCCUUGCUUAUCUUUGAUAGGGCAAUGUUAUAUGCAUUUAAGCAUGAUUUUGAUGAAGCAGCAAGAGAUUUCAUAUACUUACUUGAGAUAAAUUCUUGGUCCAAGAGUAUCUAUUUAUUUUUUGCUGGAAGUUGUUAUUUAGAAAAGUGGAGAAUGAUUAAAUUAGGGUUGAUAGAAGUGGAAAAUAGAGAGAAAUCGCUAAAAUAUUAUGCAGACCAAGCAGAACUUUACCUCAAGAAGGCGCCAACGUAUGUUCCUGGUCAUGGAAUUAAUGCAACCAAUAAGAAAGGAGGAAUUGGUGGUGGUAAUAAGCAAAUGCCUUUUGACAAGUUCUUGUUGAGAAAGCUUCAACACGUUGAAAAGCGCCAAAAGAAGUACCCCGAAUUGUCGUUUUUGGAUUGUUUUGGUACAUCUCCAGUACACGAGCUAGUAUAUUUCUGGAAUGGCUAUAAUAGAAUGACUAAAAAUGAGCUUGAAUUGACAUUGACUUUAUUGGGAUACUCUGGUUCAAUGAACUCAGAUUAUUCUGCUAACAAUAAUGAACAGAAGUUUGCAAAAUUGGAAGAGAGUGAAGACGAAGCCAUGAUAAGAUAUUUCUUCCAAAGUAUUACUCUUAGGCUGUUGAAUAGAGUUUCUGAAGGUGUAGCCUUAUUAGAUUCACAUGUCAUAUCUAAAUAUGUUACACAGGACUCACCAAAUAUGCCUUUUAAAUUUAUAAAGAUGACUUACAGUCCAUACCUUUAUCCUACAGCCCUUUAUGAGCGUUCAAUGUUUGUGUGGUUAUUACGGACAUCUAAAAAAUCUGCAAAUAUUAAAGAGGCAAUUGAAGAAUGUAAAGCCUGGUUGAAAAAAUCAGAAUCCGUCGGUGAUGGCGACUAUGAGUUAAGUAAUAGAACGGGUAUGAAAAUUAAAGCCGCCGGUGAUAGAUUAGAUCAAUUCAAGGCACAAAUAUGA